AUGCAGCGGGAGAGGUUCUCUUUGCCGACGUGCUAUUACUUCCAAACGGAAUGUCGAAGGUGGGCGUCUACACGUAGUCUAUGGCUGGCUUUCUUUUGUGGUCUCUUCCCUCUGGCUAUUGAUGGAAUCGUUGGAUUGACGGGUUGGGACGCGUGUCCACGGGUCUAUGUAGGGAUGCGGGUAAGUCGUCAGCCCUUGUUGGCAGAGGUACAGAUCAAUGGCGCUAACAGAAGAUCCAGAAUUGUGGAAUAUGCGACACGGGAGCAAGCCCAGAACGCUGUGGCAACGCUCAGCAACCAGAAUCUUAUGGGCCGACUUGUCUACGUUCGAGAGGAUCGUGAGGCUGAACCUCGCUUCAUCGGCGCCACGGCCAACCGCGGCGGCUUUGGCGGUGGCGGAAUGAAUCCCGGUGGCUUUGGUGGCGGCGGUGGUGGCGGCGGCGGCGGCGGCUAUAACGCUGGCGGCAGUCGUCAGAUCUAUGUGGCCAACCUUCCCUAUACUGUGGGCUGGCAAGAUCUCAAGGAUCUUUUCAGGCAAGCUGCUCGCAAUGGAGUUGUUAUCCGUGCCGAUGUUCAUCUGGGCCCCGAUGGUCGCCCGAAGGGAUCCGGAAUAGUAGUUUUCGAAAACCCUGACGAUGCUCGCAACGCUAUUCAGCAAUUCAAUGGUUACGACUGGCAGGGUCGAUUGCUUGAAGUUCGCGAAGAUAGAUUUGCCGGUGCUGGAGGCCCCAUGGGCUUCGGUGGCCGUGGCGGUUUCGGUGGAAUGCGAGGUGGCUUUGGCGGUGGCGGCGGCUAUGGCCGUGGCGGUUUCGGCGGUGGUCGCGGUGGUUUCGGCGGCGGCGGCUAUGGCCGCGGCGGCUUCGGAGGAGGAGGCGGCGGCGGCGGCGGCUUUGACGCUGGCAACGCACCUUCCGUCCCCCCAAACCCAUUUACUGAUUUCGCCACGGCUGGAACUGAUAGGAGUGAGACCAUCUAUGUUCGUAAUCUGCCGUGGUCCACCAGCAACGAGGAUCUUGUUGAACUCUUUACCACUAUCGGAAAGGUUGAACAGGCCGAAAUUCAAUACGAGCCUAGCGGUCGCUCGCGUGGUACCGGCGUGGUUCGCUUUGACUCAGCAGAUACCGCGGAAACAGCGAUUGCCAAAUUCCAAGGCUACCAGUACGGCGGCCGUCCUCUUGGUCUUAGCUUCGUCCGAUACCUGAAUGCGGCAACCGGUGGUGAUACUGUUAUGGAGACGGAUGCCCACGGUGGCCUGACGCAAGACCAAAUCAUGUAG